AUGAACAGCACCCAAUGGAUCGGCAUCGAAGCAUCAGGAACACUCCCCGUCCAAACCCACGUCACCGACCUAGACGCCCCCAAAUCCCGCCUCGUAGCCGAACACCUGGCCCGCUUUAUCGCCCAAGAAGGGAUAAAGACAUUCGAAAUCAGCAUCGGGUUCUGGAUACCGACUCGAGCAUGGCGAUGGCGCGUGGAGGCGCGCGAGCCCGUCUGGUCGAAGUUCGCGCUUGAACGACUACGGCAUGUGCAGGAUAAAUUCGCCGAUGUGGUCUGGACUCAUACGCUGCAGACGCGGUCGAUUGAUGAUCCGCAGUUCGGGAAUUGGAAGGAUUGGCUGGAUGAGUGUGGGAGAUGGAGGCAUGCGAGCCAUGUCUCGAUGUAUAGGGGUAUUGCGUUCCUGGAGAAGAGGGAUGGGGAGCUUUGGGGGGAUGAGAUUAGGGAUCUGCUUGCGCUGAAGGUGCAUGAUUUGCAGGUUAAGGGGCCGCUGCUUGGAUCGAGUAGAUUGGCGCCGGGGAGGGUGGACUGUGAGGCGUAUUUUGAGAUGGUGAUGAGGGAGUUGGUAGGGGAUGAAGGGGAAGGAGACGGGGAUACUGGGGAGGAGGCUAUUCAGAGGUCUGGCAUUUUGUAUAACAUGUUACGACGGCUUAAGCGCUUGUGA